AUGUCCAAACCUAGAGUAGCAAUUAUCAUAUAUUCAUUAUAUCACCAUGUUUAUACAUUAGCCGAAUCCGCUAAAGCUGGAGUAGAGUCCGCAGGUGCAACAGCUGACUUGUUUCAAGUUAAAGAGACGUUAUCGCCCGAGAUUUUGAAGUUGGUUCAUGCCAAGCCCAAGCUAGACUUACCUGUUGCUGAUAAUAACACAUUGACUGAGUACGAUGCCUACUUGCUUGGUAUACCAACUAGGUUUGGUAAUAUGCCGGCACAAUGGAAGCUGUUUUGGGAUGGUACAGGUGGAUUAUGGGCAUCAGGUGCAUUGAGAGGAAAGCAUGCCGGUGUGUUCGUAAGCACUGGAACACCAGGUGGAGGACAAGAGACGACAGUCAUCAACAGCUUAAGCACUUUGGCACAUCAUGGAAUUAUUUAUGUUCCAUUCGGUUAUGGAUUCAAGGGCCAAUCAAACAUGGAGGAGGUCCAUGGAGGUUCUCCUUGGGGAGCUGGAACUUUUGCUGGUGGUGAUGGACUGAGACAAGUUACUCAGUUGGAAAAAGAUUUCUCUAAACAGCAAGGUCACGAUUUUGUCAACAUGAUCACCAAAUGGAAACAAUAG